AUGGCGGGGUCAGGCAAGAAGAGCAAAGGCAAACCCGGAGGGAAGCAAAAGAAUAAGAAGGGGAAGAACCAAGAAGCGUCUGAAAACCCCUCUGAACCCCCUUCCGUCGAGCAGCAAGAUCAACAGCCGCAACCGGAGGUCGACGUCGAGCCUCCUUCCGAGCAAGAAGAUCAGCAGCCACAAGCUGAGGUCGAAGGCGAACCUCAGCUAGCCGAAAUUCACGAACCGGAAUCAAAUCUUCUUCUGCAGUCUGUCCCGGAACCUGCCCCAGAAUACGGACAGGGCCCGGAACAAGUACCAGAACUGGAGCACCCUCAACCUGUUGCAGAGACAGCCUCGGCUGUGGUUGAAAACUGGGAAGUCCCUCAGUCAUCGACGAACUUGGACAAAGACGGUUUCUCGAGUCAGCCGCAGGCAUUGAACGAUGUGCAGAACAUCUUUGAAGCGACUCACGAGUCCAUUCUGGAGGAAUUAGCGGCACCGGACCCUCUGGUGGAGGCUGUUGAGACGAACCCUGAGCCAAACGACGGUCUAAGUGGGCAGAGUGACGCUGCAGAGCCCCCAGAGCCGACCCCAGUCACAGCACCUCAGACCCCCAUGUUUCCCGAAGCAGCAGCAGCUUCUUCAUUUCCGUUGCCGUCACCGUCUCUGACGGAAACUCAGUACAUAGCGGCGUCUCCUCGCUCGAAUCCCGCUUCAUUGGCGCCAAAUCCUUCCUCAGAAGCCGAAGUCGAUUUCCCUCAUCCUCAACAAGAGCUCAAUCCACCUGCGGACCAAGCCAUUUUGCCAGCACUGGACCCUGCUUCGUCCUCACGACCCGUAUCUCCUGCACCUGUAGCAGCAUCUACCGAACCGGAAGCAUUUUCGUCUGUUUUCCGGACUGCCUCGCCUGCCCCAGAACCGGCAUCACCUGCGCAACAUAGUGCAUCUCCUGUCAAUCAACCUGCCUCUCCUGCGUUUCAUACAGCUUCGCCUGCAUCAAAGCCAUCUUCGCCCAUUCCACAGUCUGCAUCGUCUCAGUAUAGAGCCGCCUCGCCCGUCUACCCUACUGCUUUUCCGACUCAACGGAUUGCCUCCCCCAUGGCGAAGCCAGCGUCUCCCGCGCAAAAAUAUGCCUCGAAGCCGGCCUCUCCCGUUGCAAAGGUCAGCAGCCCGCUUGCUCGUGCCUACAUGUCUCCAGCGAUUUCGCCACACGCUACGCCGUUAGGACCUCCCCCGCCAGUUCCCAGCGCGCCUCACUCAAUCGCUCCUGGCUAUGCCACCGCUUAUCAAUCACCUGUCUUGAGUUCUGCCGGUUACCUGCCUCCUUAUGCUCCUUACUAUCACCAGCCUUCUCCAAAUAUGCAUCCGACCCCUCGCGGCUCAAUAGAUCCUCACUAUGCGUCGACUUUCCAAGCCCUCCGUGAUAUGGGGUUGCCAAAUGGGCACGGUGUGAAUGACAGGGGGACCAUUUCACCCCCUCAGGAGCACGACGAGCCUGUUGAGCUUCUGCAACGAAUCCAAGAUGCUAUCCCGGACAUCAACCGCUUGCUCAGUGGGUACAAGAACACAAAAAGCAAGCUUGUAGCCCGAGAGGCUGAAUUUAAGCAAAUGGAAAGUCAGCAUGAACAGGAAUUGAUGCACAAGGACUUCUACAUCGAAGCGCUGCAGAAUCAGAUGAGAAAGGCAGCGAACGAGAGUGCAGAGGAAGCAACGAAAUUGAAGAAUACCAUAAACGAACUCAGAAUGGAACUAGGCAACCUCGAGGAGAAGAGGAAGGACAUUGAAGAGAGCCUCGCGGACUCGGAAAAGUCCAACCAGGAGCUUUUGCAAACGAAAUCCGAACUGGAAGGGCAGAUCGCCGCUCUGAACACGAACAUCCAAGAAGCGCGGGAGGCGCACGAGCAGGAAUUGGAACGUCAGAAGGAGGAGAGGGCCGAAGCUCUUGCAAAUCAGAAGCAAGAGUUGACUGAGCUAUUCGAGGAAAUCAAGGCCGAAGACGAGAAAGCUGCGGCGGAAGCUUUGGAGGCUCGGGAGAAGGAAUUACUCGACCAGCAAGAGGCGAUGAAGGCAGAAUACGAGAGGGAGAAACAACAAAUACAGGAAUUGCACGAUGCCCUGCAGUCCGAGUUCGACUCCAAAGUGACUGAACUGGAAUCGAAGGAAGUCGAACUGGCCUCUACGAAGGAGGAGCUUGGAUCCAAAGUCACCGAAUUGGAGUCGACCAAGACCGAGCUUGACGCCAAGGUUGCGGAGUUGGAGUCGACUCAGACUGAAUUAAACUCCACGAAGAACGCACUCGAUGAGAAGCAGGAGGAGCUGGAUCAAAAGGAACAGCGCUGGACUGAAGAACGCACUGACUUGGAGGCUCGGAUUUCCGAGAAGUGUGAAGAGCUGGCCAACUGCGAGCGCGAGAACAAGAAGCUGGAGGAAGACAAUCUGCUGAAGGAGCAACAGCUUGAACGUGCAGUUGAGGGGAUGCGCACCACGAUUGACAAUUUGGGCAAGGAUUGCGAAAGGCUGAGGAAGACACUCCACAGUCUUGGAGAAGCAACUGAUCUCAAGAGCACCAAGGGAGACUCAUUCUUUUUGGACUGUUUCGACCAGCUCUCUCGUCUUAUCGUUUCCUUGUCCAAGGAGCAUUUCACGUACCUGCCGAUUGAUCCUCCCAAGGACAUCUUGUCUAAGAUACCUCCGGAGCUACCGUCGUUCCUUGAUAAUACGCCAGCGUCGCGGGAACUGCGUUCAGCAUAUGUACAGCAUGUCAUCUCAAAGACUUUGACCUACCGGAUCUUCCAGCCGUUUUUGUUCACUCUGGGCAGGCGAUACGACAAGGCGGACACUUUCUUCCAGAUGCUUUCAAUGGAUAUUCGCCGCAAGUCCGUCAGACGGGAAGCAUUCUGGAGGCAGCAGACACUGAAGGCAGCAUAUACAACAUCGGACGCGAAACAGUCGAUCAACGUCGUGGCCGCGGUGAUUGUCGACGAAAUCAUCGAUCAUCUCAAACACUUCGCCGACCCACGACAUCUCGAUUCCCUGCUCAUCGGUGUGCGCAAAAUUGUUAAACUCGCGGCCGAGACCUGGAGACUGGCUCGUGUAGAACGAGAACUGAUUCUGGCUAGCCUUCCGGCUCCGGAUGCCGAAGGCGUUUCUAAUGAUGGCUGGGGCGAAUACGGGACCCCGAAAGAGGGCAGCGCCAGUCCCAGGAACGACCCCAGUCGACAUGUCGUCUUGCGGACUUUCCCUCAGAUUACCCGGGAGGCUGCACACGAGGAUUUCGCCGAGGAUGAGGAAAAGGCCAGUCCUUGCACGUACUCAAGAGGGACUGUCUUGUAUUCUGACUCGCCGGUUGUGAUGGCGCGUCUUCAGGAACUUGCGAAGAAGUCGACCGAAACACUGGCCAGUGGAGAGGACUCGCCGCGUCGUGGCUCAAGAGGAUCACUCCGCUCGGUGGAAGUCACUGCACAAGGAUAA